UGAAAAAAUAAAUAAUAAAAAAAAACAUUAAUUAAUAAAAGUAAUAAAUCAUGUCUACACCUAGCAAUGAGGCCGGAGGAGGUAAUUUAAUGGAUGAAUUCGAGGAAGCCUUUCAAGCGUGUUUGCUGUCGCUUACCAAGCAAGAGCCGAAUUCCGGCACCAACAAAGAAGAAAUUGAGUUGGAGGUGCAAAAGACAACAAACCGCUUCAUUGAUGUAGCACGUCAAAUGGAAGCAUUCUUUUUGCAAAAACGAUUUCUCGUCUCCACGCUUAAGCCCUAUAUGCUCAUCAAGGAUGAGAAUCAAGAUUUGAGCAUUGAAAUACAGCGCAAGGAGGCGUUGUUGCAAAAGCACUACAAUCGUCUGGAAGAGUGGAAGGCGGGUCUGGCGGAUAAUCAGCAAGGCAUGGGCGUACACAACCGUCCAGCUCCGCCCAAUAUGCAGCCCAUGCCUGGUCCUGGGCCAAGACCCGGCAUGAUGGGUGGUAUGCCACCGGGCGGCAUGCCGCCAGGACAACAGCAUCUAAUGCAGGCGCAGCAAAUGCAGCAACUUCGAAUGAUGGGAAAACUGCCGCACAAGUAAUAAACUUUAUAUAUAUAUUAAACUCUAGAAAUAAGCU